GUAACUCGAAAUAUUCAAUAAUCUGGGAAGCAGUUUCUGCUGGACAUAUCUCAGCGAAACGAGACGAGACUCCGGAGUGCUGUUUUCUACAACAGGGGGUGUCUCUCUUAGCAGGAUCCGGUGACAGCUUGACUGACAAGCAGCCAUGAGCUUCUUUGGUUUUGGUCAAAGUGCGGACAUCGAUAUAGUUCUGAAUGACGCCGAAACGAGAAAGAAAGCUGAGCAUAAAAGCGAAGACGGCAGGAAGGACAAAUAUUUUCUCUUCUACGACGGGGAAACGGUAUCGGGGAAAGUCAACGUUACGCUCAAGUACCCGGGAAAGAGGCUGGAGCACAACGGCAUCAAGAUUGAGUUUAUCGGCCAGAUAGAGCUGUACUAUGACAGAGGAAACCACCAUGAGUUUGUGUCCCUUGUGAAAGACCUGGCACGGCCAGGGGAGCUCACACAGUCGCAGACAUUUGACUUUGAGUUCACACACGUGGAGAAACCCUACGAGUCUUACACUGGUCAGAAUGUCAAAUUACGCUACUUCCUGAGGGCAACUGUAAGCCGGAGACUGAAUGACAUCAGCAAAGAGCUGGACAUUGUGGUGCACACACUCAGCACCUACCCUGAGCUCAACUCCUCCAUCAAGAUGGAAGUGGGGAUCGAGGACUGUCUGCACAUAGAGUUUGAGUACAACAAGUCCAAGUAUCACCUCAAAGAUGUGAUUGUAGGGAAGAUUUACUUUCUGCUGGUGAGGAUCAAGAUAAAACAUAUGGAGAUUGACAUCAUUAAGCGAGAGACGACCGGCACAGGGCCUAACGUCUACCACGAGAACGACACCAUAGCAAAAUAUGAAAUCAUGGAUGGUGCACCAGUCAGAGGAGAGUCCAUUCCCAUCAGGCUGUUCUUAGCAGGCUAUGAGAUGACGCCCACCAUGAGGGAUAUUAACAAGAAGUUCUCGGUGCGGUACUACCUCAACCUGGUCCUCAUUGAUGAGGAGGAAAGACGCUAUUUCAAACAGCAGGAGAUCACCCUGUGGAGGAAAGGUGACAUAGUGAGGAAAAGUAUGUCUCACCAAGCGGUCAUCGCCUCCCAGCGCUUCGAAGGCUCCGCCCAUCCAGAAAGGACACAGACCCAGAGCAAUGAAGAAGAUGACAGCUAAAGCCCAGCACGCACUUCAACUCCCAUGUAGUGAGUGUGUGAGCAAACACAGUGCAGAAAAUGUCAGCAAAUUCUGAAUGUGAACAUAUGUUAGCAUCGAGAUCAUGUGCUGCAGUGUUUUUCAGGGCGUGUGUGUGUGUGUGUGUGUGUGUGUGUGUGUGUGUGUGUGUGUGUGUGUGUGUGUGUGUGCGUGUGCGCAACAGAGACUUUGAAUUAUGACAGUGUGUGUGUGAAGGGAACAAAAGUCAGACUCAGACUCUAGUUGCAAGUAAUUCUGUUCUGUUUUAACCACCUUGAAGUACCAGCUGGGUGGAGUUUACCACAUUAAGACAUUAGAGAGUGUCAGCUAAUUUCUGUGUCACAAAGAAACUGCAUAAAAUUGACUUUAAGUGCUUGAUUAAAUUAUUUUGGCAUUUAUUAGACAGUUCAGUUUGGCAACACCACCCAUUAGAUGCACUUAAAUAUCAUUUAUAAAUACUGUUCGACUAAUAUCUUGAAUUUACGUGUGUGUAUGAAUGUACAAUAUGAGAGCCACCACAGGUGUAUUUCUAACAACCUUUUGUUCAAACUAUUUACAUGGCUGGAAGAUUGCACUGUGCAGAUACUAUAGUCAUACAGUAGGUUUUUUAAAACGUGGGUAAACAGUGGAUCUUACAGUACAUUUCUGUAUGUCUCCUCAAAGAAAUGUGUCAUUGUGACAUGAAAGUAUGAAGAUGAUUUCGCUGCCAGGCCCUCUGCUGAGAAACAGCCCCUCCUUUUGGUUUUAAUUCAUAAAAUUACUUUUUUUGCCUCUUCUUCAUUUAAAAAAAUGAGUAAUGACUCUAAAAAAACAGAAUUAUAAGACUUAAAAAUCCAUUUACAUAUUUGUAUAAAAUAUUUUCAUACAUUCCAAGGCUCUCAUCAGAAAUAGGUGUGACUAGAGUAUUUAUUUUUGAACAAAAUUCCAUUUUGAACCAGCAUUUUACAUGUUUGAUGCAUUGGUUGGUUGCUUGUGGCUCGGUGUCAGGUGUGGCCACUGCUGCUAAAACAAAUGUGGCACUUGUGAGCGCUCUGGGAUUUUCCUUCCAUCAUAUAUGUAACAGUCUCUGAUAUUUUGAAGCCCUUCUCUCUUAUUUGCACUAUGAUCUCAUUCUGCUUUUUUCUGCUCUCAGUGCUGUUUAUAAACUGGAUUCAUGCCAGGGUUCAGGAGUAGAGUGAAAAUCAGACUCCACUGUCCCCAGGGAUCACUUCAAAUCUAAUAUGGACAGUAUUACACCUGUGUAUGGGGACAAAGUUGACAUAAACCUUGUUCAGACUGCAGCCCAAAUCCGAUUUUUUUGCAAAUCUGAUCAGAAUCCGAUCUUACUGACUGACCGUUCGCAUUACAUAUUGCAAGUGAUCAGAUCCGAUCUGCAUGUGGCCAUAUUGACGUAGUCUUAUCCACAUUGAUUUCCAUGGUAACAGGUUACUCCUAGGAAAAACAAACAAUGGCAACAGCAAACUGUGCGCGUUUCUGUCCCAAAUGGUUAGGUGGGCCUGUGGCGCAAACUAGUGAAGCGAUUAGUGGAGUCAUCAAUGAGUGAAAUCAAAACUCCAGUCCAGCUCUCUUUUUUCCAUCAUAGCAUUAUAGACCUACAUCAUGACAGCAAUUCUGUUGGGUUUUUACUUUUACUGCUCAACAUUGCAAGUUUUUUUUUUUUUUUUUUAAAUCUGUUAAGAAAAGUCAUGUUACUAUUAUGAACUUACCAUUCCCAGAAGUAUCCAGUCUUUCUUCCUCAUCUUCCUGACCGUUGCUUUCCUGAAUGUUGCGGUCCUCCUCUGCCGUGCUGUCCAGAAAAAAUUUAGGAUCCACACUGGGCUUGUCAUGAAGAAUUUUGUCAAGAUACUCGUGUCCUGGUAUAUGGCUUUAUUUCUGUAUGUACCUUCUAAUUUUUCUGAACUGACGAAUCUCCCCAGAUAGCUAUCAGGCACUUUAUCUCCUCGUCCGUCCACGGUUUGUUGUUUUCCUCCAUGCUUUAAACCCGUGGCUUGACUCUUCCACUUGUAACUCCACAGGCAUCGCUAGGCAACGAGCGUCUCCCCAGAUCUACGUCGUUGUUGUUGUUAUUCGUGUCGCACUGCAAGUGACACAGAAGACACUUGGAAAUCCUAUUUGAGCGACCGAGACGUUCAGAUUGAAACGGAUCUGUAAAAAUCCAAUCGGAAUCGCAUUUGAAACUACCUCCGUAUGUGGUUUGAAUCAGAUUUGGAAAAAUCGGAUCUUACAUGUUUUUUGGCUGUCCAGACUGUCAGAAAAUCAAGCUAGAUACAAUCUGGAUAUGCUAAAAAUCUGAUUUGGAGUGGUAAUCUGAACAAGGCCAUAGAUGCUUAUGAGUCCUGCCUCUUGACAGGCUGCCGGGACUUACUGCCCUGUGUGGUUAGUUAGCUUUGUGCCUAAAGGAUUAUUGCCAAAAUGUUUCGGUGAAAUACUCGAGUACAGUUGCCACAGUGUACUGCUGCGCACUUUCUUUCCAUUUAGACUGUGCUCAUCACUUCAUCCACUACAGUCACUUUUCAUGAAAUUAAAAGUGACUUUAGUGUCAAUAUGGUUUAUACUGAAAACUAUGAAUGUAUAAGAACUGUUAUUCUCUCAUAUUGAGCAUUUAAAUUAAAAUUCAGAACUGAAGAGUCCCAAACUCAGUAUAUUUUCUAAAUAACCAUCAUCAUCUUUUUUGGUUGCCUCCAGUCAAGGGGAGUAGAUGAUUGAGUUUCUGUGCCAUUACUCCUUUUUAUUCUGAUACUUUUUCUAAAAUAUAUCUUAAAAAGCACACAUUAGUGAGUUUAAAGUGUGAAGCACUGAAACUGAACCCCAGCCUGUCGUCCUGCAAUUAUCCUGGCCUGCAGCUUUUUGCUUGACAAGCUUACGCCGUGCAACUUCACAAAAUCUAUCACUGUGUAUCAUAUACAUUUUUUUUUUUUAGAUAUUUUUAUAUUUCAUACUUGCAGUAAGGUCCAUUUUAGUAUGCAUUUUUGCUAAAGCAACAUGUCCACUGUCACCAGACUUCUGUUCAGGUAACUGCUAAAAUAUAGAAUCUGCCAAUCUAACAUGUUGAUAUGAGCCAACAAGACAAGUUUAUUGGAUUUAUGUAGCCUGACUCAAGGUGUGAUUCCUUAGAGAUUCUUACUUUGCAUGUUAUUGAUUAUAGCAGAAAUCACUGUAAGUCACUCCGCAGUUUCUUCUACACCUAAUUGGCGUUAAGGGCUUUUACCAAAAUUAUCUGUAUGGAGAGGGGGGAUGAACCUCAAAAGUCCAGUGUGCAGGAUUUAGGGGCAUCUAUUGGCAGAAAUUAUACAUAAUAUUCAUAACUAUGUUGUCGUAAGUGUAUAGUCUCCUAAAAAUAAGAAUCAUUGUGUUCGCUACCAUAGAGUGAGCUGUUAAUACCUACAGAUGGAGGGGGUCCUCUUCAUGGAUGUAUUAAGAGACCAGGACACAGCAUUGGAAGCCAGACUCUGUUCAUUCCUAUGAAAGUUGCUCAGUGGCACAUGAAGCCACAAUUGUUUAACUGUUGCAUAUAAGUACCUAGAUGAUCUGCACUGCUUCCACAUUAUUGGGUCCAUCGAGCAGGUGUACUCGAGACUUCCGUCAGCUGAGCCAGCUGCUUCCCCUUUAUUGCUGCCCUAACUUGAAUUGGGAUAAAAAUUAUUUAAUUUUGCGGCUCUUUUAGACUUUCAAAAUGUUAUCAGAAUGAAUGGAUCAAAUCCUGAUAGUAAAACGAAUCAUUUUGCAGGGUUUGUGAUGCUCAAAAAAUAUUAUUCCAGCGAUUUAAAUACGUUUCUUUCCCAAUCUUAGUCUAUGGGAAAAAUCUUUUUUUUUGGUCCAAUGGCAUAAUGUGACCGGAUCAGAAGUUGUAAUUUCACUGUUUAGCCACUACGAAAAUUGGCUUCAAAGCCUGGUGCACUUUCUGGGGGCUUGGUUUCUCUGAGACAUUGGUUUAGCUGAGACCAAAUGUAGCAAUAAUCCACUUUGUAAUUCAUAAUACAUGAAGACAUGAUUCACCUUGUAAGUAAUGAGAUGUAACCCCUCCCAUUACCCUUAACCACCUCUCUUUAUCAUAAUACUUCGUAUCUAGCUAAUUGGUAACUUUGUAGUUUUGUGGGCCUUCCACCUCCGGGCCAAGGAGCUAAAGGGGCUGAUUGUGGACUGAUGUGUAGGUAUGGUUGGUGAGUCAUGUAGCUAGACAGUGGGUCACGUAGCUGCUCCAGCUGCAGUUAUAGUGUGCCCCAAAAAUGAGUCCAAAAACCUAAAAUGCAUUUUACCACUCACAGUUCCCUCAUCUCAAAAUCAGUGGUUUUUCUUUUUGAAUGGGUUUUUGGUUAGAUGCCUGAAAUAAGGUCUGUGGUUAACACAAGCUUAAGAAACUUGUUUUGUUCUGCUACAUAAAAUACAUCAGUAAACACCCCCACAGUGAAUUUUGAAGCUUCUAUGUGUCUUAAAAAAGUGUUGUUGUGUUUUUUUUUUUUUUACUUCUGGUGAUUCUGGCCAUUUAGGCUUCAGUAAUCAUAGUGGUAUUAAUUUGUGAAGAUUAUCUUACUGAGCAAAACAUGUAAGUAUCAUAAAUGUUUGUUUGCCACAGAGCUUAUUUUCUGCAAUAAUCUAAAAUCCAAUGAUCUUAUAAGCUUUUUGACGAAGGAACCACGGCAAAGCUAACUUCCACGUCUGCCUACAGAAAAACAACAUGCCUUGAGCACUCUAUCCCUAUUCAAGUUCUCUUCCACAGAGUCGGCCAUGUUGUUCUACAAUAGCCCAGGGGUCCGUUUCACAAAGCAGGUUUAGUAAAAACUCUGAGUCUGUUAACCCUGAAAUGAGGGAAACUCUGGGUUUUCCAUUUCAGAAAGGGAGGUAACUGAAGCUCGGUGUCAGUUACUAUGACAACUGACUCUGUGAACCUAACCUGGUCGGAAACAGGUUUUCUUCAGUGAACCUUGAGUUUCUAGCUGUCUCCUCCGUCUUACGCCACACACGUAGUGUGAGUCAUUCAUUCAUUCGUUCGAGUUUGAUCAUCUGUCCUCAAGGUAAAGUUGGAUCCUAAAGUGUGUUCUAGUUCUAAAUAUACUUUUUUUGACCAUGGCAUGUCCGUUCUUGGAGGACCCUGUGGACGAAGAGGCAGUGUUACUGAGGAGGGAGUUACGCAUUUGCGGGAGAUUAUUCACAGGCCCAGAAUUGACGUAUUAUCAUUUCCAGAACAUUUUCUUUUUGAACGGUACCGUUUCACAUCAUAGUCCAUCAUUUAUAUCCAUAACCUCAUCCGUCGUGACAUAACCAACGUCACCAACCGUGGACGUGCACUUUCAUCUACCCAGAUUCUUUGUGUUGCUCUUCGUUGUUUUUUGCAAACAGGAGUUUUCUGUAUAAUAUUGGACAUGCUGAAAAUAUCAGUAAGGCCACUGUCUGCAGAGCCGUGAGAAAAGUGUCCCUAGCUCUGAAACGUCUAUUAAACUCUUUUGUUGUGUUCCCUGGACAUAAACCUGUGAGGGUCAUCAAGGAGGAGUUCCACAGGAUUGCAGGUGAAUGAUGUAGAAAUCAGUUAAAAUUUAUGAUUAUAAAUCAUAUUCAGUUAAUGACAUGGUGCUGCAACCUCAGACUGGGAUUAGUCAUUUUAAUUUCUUUUAGGAUUUCCCGGUGUGAUAGGGUGCAUUGAUGGAACCCACAUUCCCAUCAUUGCUCCUUCACAAAAUGAAGGAGACUAUGUGAAUAUGAAGUCCAUUCACAGCAUUAAUGUGCAGGUAGAUUGACUGUCUCAAAAUGUCAGACUGCAUCACACUGCACAAACUCAAAAUCAUACCAAGAAUAUUUGUCUUAUUUCAAGUCAAAAUGUCUCAUUUCUAGUCAAAACAAAUCACACCUAAGAGUAACUUGUUUUUAGACAAUUUUCACUUGUUUCAAGCUCAUUUUCACUUGAAAAAUAAUUAGAAAAAUCUGUCAGUGGAGCAAGUUUGUUAUUUCUACUUAUUUCAAUUGAAAAUGUGCUUGAAACAAGUGAAAAUUGUCUAAAAACAAGUUACUUUUUAGGUGAUGUGUCUUAAGUGUAAAGACAUUUGAUUUGAUUAGAAAUGAGAAAUGUAGACUAGCAACUAACAUCUGUCAUUCUCUGCACUGUCAAGAUCAUAUGUGAUGCAGCCCACAUUAUUACUAAUGUGGAGGCCAAGUGGCCUGGGUCGGUACAUGACUCACGGAUGUAUCGUGUCUUAAAAUCAGCAACAUACUGGAACAUGGUAAGCAGCACUAUUAUGCUGAAGUCUUACCUGUUUGAACGAUGUUUUUAUAUUUCAUCUUGAGCUGCUUCCAUGUUCUUUUUUCGCCGGUGGGAUUGCAUCUAAGUGAACUAAAUUUUAGCUUUAGCAUCAUUCCACCUGUUUGCAUCUGUAGCCUAAUAUUAUUGUGAUUGCAUAAAUGUAUAAAAGAAAUUUAAACUUACGCAUUGACUCGAGCAGUAAUUUUCUCCCACGCCGACUCCUGUUCCUUUGCUGCUGCAGCCAUGUUACUCUUCUUCCUGAAAACAGCUUCAAAUUCGCUGUAUGAGCGCAUUAAAAUAUCCAACUCCAGAGGAGUAAAAAAAUGCAGACUUUUUCUUGUCGUUUGUUGCCAUGGUGAAUCGUGGUAUUGGGGCUCCAUUGAUGACAGCUUUUUAAAGUCGUGGUGCACGUGCUUAUCUCAGAGUGAACAAACUCUGUGUUGAUUGAACCGAUUGAAAUUACCUGUUCUGAAACCCGUAACCCAGAGUUUCCCAUCUCAGAGUUACGCAACUCAGAGUUCAGGGUUAGGCUCAGAGUUUGUUGAACCUCCUUUCUGAAACGGACCCCUGGACAGACAAAUUAAACACUGGCUUUAGAUGAGGUCACUGCUUUUUGUGUUGACUACCGUAGUUCUCCUACACGGUUGGCACAUGGGAGAAGUGUCAGUUUUGCAACCAUAUCACCAGAUGCCACUAAAUCCUACACACUAGACCUUUAAGUCUAACUUUAAAAAAACAAAAGACCCUCUCCAGGUUUUUUAUUUUUUGUGUUAGAUCCUCUAUUCCCCUUGCAAACAAUUACAACACUCUCCCUUCCUAAUUUCUCAACUCAACCCUGAAGUCAAGUUUAAUAUGUCAAAGACUCAAUCAGUUUUCUGUAGCACAGUUGGUAGUAUGAACAUAAUGAAUGGUGCUUUCUGUUUACUGAGCAUUCCUGCUGCUCUUAUUUGAAUCAAGAGCUCUAAAAUGAACACUUGUUACCACGGUCACUGAAUUAGGGAUGGGAGGCAGCUCUGUGGCUGUCGAAGGACCUUAGCAUUGCAAUAUGUUGGCUUCACUUAUGCAUGAUAUUAUGACAGGUUAACAUGUGACACUAUACAUUUAACUUUUCUGUAGGUCUUUUAAAGUUCAGAAUAAAGUGAAGGUGUGAAAAUAUGGCACACUGUUUAUUGCCUGUUCAGAUGGAAUGCCAUGAACUAAUUUUAGAGAUAUAUGAUUGCAUACAGAGUCAAUGGACAGUAGCCAUGAGGCAAAUAUUUAGCCAUUCACCUUCAUGAUCCAUGGCAUGCAUAAAAGGAAGGUUUUUAACUAUUCAUUCUUCAGUCCCACAAGAAAAUUCUGAAAUAAAAUAAAAUUGAAGUUGCACAGAAUGUAUUCUGCAUUAUUUACCUGCUGGAGUCGGUGUCCUUUGUUUUUGCUCGAAAAACACUUAAAAAACUCUUGAAGAAUUAAGUACCAUUGAAGAAACCCAAAGCAAGUUUGGAUUAUACAACAUGUGUUUCUUUUUUGUUACUCUUUCAUGUGGCUGUGAUUUGAAUUGUUGCCAGCGCUGGUACACACACAUACAGUAGCUAAACUAACCCAGUUUGUUAUAGAGAGUAAAGCUGAGAUUGAAAUAGGGAAGAAUUGUGAAAUGUACAGUGUAAAUGCACAAUGUAAAUGCAGUCCUCCUCUUUUGUUUAUUUUCAUGUCAUCUUUUAUCUCCCUGUCUAUAAAUGGUGAUUUGAAUCAUUUUAUAUUCCUGUUUUAUUUUGAAUUAAAAGGGAGUCACUGAAAAA